AUGAAUAUCUUUGUUCAAGAGGAAACUAAUUCUUUACAAAUUUUGCCACAACAAUUAAGAUCUCCAGAUAAAAUUGAUAAAAAUAGUAUUUAUUUGACACUUAAAGUGACAAAGAUGGAAAGUGAUCAUAAUAAUAAAGUUUUUGUGCUCUUAAUACUUGGCUACAAAAUUGGGCUUUGA